AUGUCCAAGUGCAAAAGUUUAAUCUGGCCCAAAGUGAUUUUGUUCGGGGAUUCUAUCACUCAGGGUUCCUUCCAAGCCAACGGAUGGGGUUCGGCUAUCGCCGAUAAAUUAGCAAGGAAGUGUGACGUCUUAAACAGAGGACUGUCGGGCUACAACUCGCGAUGGGGAAGGAUUGUUCUUCCCAGGAUGGUGAAUGAAGAAGAGGCAGGAAACAUUGCUGCAGUGACUGUCUUCUUUGGAGCCAACGACUGCGCCUUGCAAGAUAAGAACUCUCAGCAGCACGUGCCACUGGACGAGUACUCGGAAAACCUGAAGGCCAUCAGCAAGUACCUGACCGCAGCGGGGGUCCCGGCCGGGAAGGUCAUCUUCAUCACGCCGCCACCUAUCCACGAAGCAGCUUGGGAAAAAGAGUGCAAGCUAAAAGGUUGUCCUCUCAACCGUCUAAACUCGGUGGCGGGCCAGUACGCUCAGGCGUGCGUCCAGGCAGCUUCUCACUGCGGCGCUGAUGUCCUGGACUUGUGGACGCUCAUGCAGAAGGAUGGACAGGACUUCACGGUCUACCUGUCAGAUGGCCUCCACCUUUCUGAGAAAGGCGGCCAGUUUGUAAUGAAGCACCUUUGGGAGCUGCUGGAGAGCAGAGUGGCGCAUUUGCCCUUCAUUUUGCCCUACUGGGGGGACGUGGACGCCGGGAUCCCGGAGAGCAGCCUUCUGUGUGACCAAUGA